CUCGCCACGCUCGCUACCACACACUCAUUCCGGUAUUGCACGUUUUUUUGUGGUUAGUUUCUAGAAAAUUCUACAAGAAGAGAUGGAUCAAAAAUUUUUGGAGUUUUUGGAAAAUGUGGAUCCCGAGAGCGCGGAUUUUUUUAUUGUUCUUUUUAAAGGCAACGUACUACGUAUCAAGGCAGCCGAAAACUAAUUUGGAAGGCGCGAAGCAGCCCAGGUGUAAAUUAUAUGAUAAAUAUACCUGUAUAAUAAAAGAUUUGCGUGCUUCAGGAUUACGGUCGAAAGAGUCCCAACAGCCAACAACUGUUCAUGACGAUGGAGUAAAGAGAGAUGAACAGGGCGAAGUGAAGGAAGACCUGGAGUGGUUAAGAGGAUGCCUAGAACCCGAGGUUGAGGCUACUGAGCGGUGGAUUAGGACUUCCGAUUAUCGCCUCCAUUCCUUAAGAGUUACUCCUACUAGAAAAAAAGAAAUUAGUCGUCAAAUUAAUUCAACUACAAUUUAUUUGAACGAAUUUAAGGUUCAGCCUUGGGGCUAUAGACUUGUAUACCACGCGUUGCAUGCCUUCUACCCACACCAGAGUCUGUAUCCGUGGCUGUUCAUUCAAAAGGCUAUUUAUGAAAUAGAAACGCAGUGGGAUCCACAAGUUCCUUGUGUUGAGACCAAAAUCAAGGAAUUUCGAAAUCUUGAUUUAGAAUCUUUAAUUCAAGAUGACUAA